AUGCCUCAACAGCAAUCUAUAGCCAGAUUCUUUGGUGGCUCACCAGCUUUGAGCAAAAGAAAGGCAGAUAAUCAUGAAGCGCCUUCUAAGCGACCAAAUACUGCAACUACUCCAGAAAUUGAUGUAAAGAAGGCUGAGAUUCCUGAAUUUAAGAAUGAACAUAACCAAUCACAAAUUAAAAAAGAGCCUAAGAUUGAUUAUAAAGAAUGGGAGAAAGACCGAGAAGAGGAAGUUAAAGAAUCUCAAAUUGAGGAGGCAAAGGAACUUAUCGCUGCUACUAAAGAUAAUCGUGAUGUACCACACUUGGAUGUGGUGUCAGAUAAGAUACCUUAUGCCAAAUUGACCGAAAUUUUUGAAACCAUAGAGCUGGAGUCUUCACGUUUGAAGAUAACUUCUACCAUAUCGCGUUUCUUCUUCGAAAUAUUGGAGCACUCAAGUCCCCAGAAACUAGUUAAAGUGGUUUAUUUGUUCAUUAAUAGACUUGGACCUGAUUAUGAACCGGACUUAGAGCUUGGAUUAGGUGAAACACUAUUAAUUAAGGCUAUCAGUGAGUGUUAUGGAAGGUCUACUACAAAGAUAAAAAAAGACUAUCAUGACGUGGGAGAUCUAGGAACAGUAGCUCAAAGCUCAAGAUUGGGCCAGCCUACUAUGUUCAAGCCUGCUGCUUUGGAUGUAGACACUGUUUUUGACACUUUGAAAAAAAUUGCAAAAUCUACGGGCAAAGACUCUCAAGCAAAGAAAAUAUCCACUAUUAAUAGAAUGUUAACAGCCUGUAACUCAAAAUCAAAUGAAGCCAAAUAUAUAAUAAGAUCACUCGAAGGUAAGUUAAGAAUUGGUUUAGCUGAAAAAACAGUUUUAACUGGAUUAGCUCAAAGCUUUAUUAACUUUGAGAUGAAAAAAACUGGUAAGAAAGUUAAUCCUGAAAUGCUAGCAUCUGCUGAAGAUAUAUUUCGAGAGGCAUUUUCACAACUACCAAAUUACGAGAUUUUAAUUACUCAAGCUUUUGAGCAUGGUGCAUUCAAUUUAUUAAAGCAUUGCCAGAUUACACCUGGUAUUCCAUUGAAGCCCAUGUUGGCAAAACCUACAAAAUCAAUUAGCGAAGUUCUUGAUAGAUUUCAAGGUGAAGAAUUUACAUGUGAAUAUAAAUAUGAUGGUGAAAGAGCUCAAGUUCAUUUAUUAUCGAAUGGAGAUGUUAGAAUAUACUCGCGUAACUCUGAGGAUAUGUCUCAGCGAUAUCCGGAUUUAGUUUCAAUUGUUAAAGAGUUUCUGUCUAAGCUGGGCGACGAUAAACCAAAAUCUUUAAUCUUGGAUUGUGAAGCUGUCGCAUGGGAUAGGGAAACGAAAAAGAUUUUACCAUUCCAAGUUUUAUCGACUCGAAAGCGUAAAGAAGUAAAUGAAGAAGAUAUUAAAGUUCAUAUAUGCCUUUUUGCAUUUGAUGUGCUCUUUUACAAUGAGCCACUCAUAACUAAAACAUUUCAAGAAAGAAGGGAAGUAUUAUAUUCUCAAUUUAAUACAAUAGAAGGCAAAUUUCAAUUUGCUACUGCAAAAAAUUCCAAUAAUAUCGAUGAAUUGCAACAUUUCCUUGAUCAAUCUGUGAAAGACUCAUGCGAGGGUUUGAUGGUGAAAGUAUUGAAAGGGGCUGAUUCUUAUUAUGAGCCUUCGAAACGAUCGAGGAACUGGCUUAAGCUCAAAAAAGACUACUUAGCAGGUGUUGGCGACUCUUUGGAUCUUGUCGUCAUUGGUGCAUAUAUCGGAAAAGGUAAGAGAACAGGCACUUAUGGGGGGUUUCUUUUAGCUUCUUAUAACCAAGAUACUGGUGAAUAUGAAACUACCUGCAAGAUUGGAACUGGUUUCUCUGAAGAGGAUUUAGCCUCGCUUUAUACAAAACUCAAGCCUACUGAAACGACCCAACCAAAACCUUACUAUGUUUAUGAUACUACGAAUUCUAAUGCGGUUCCUGAUGUUUGGUUUGAACCUAGUACUGUAUUUGAAGUUUUGACAGCCGAUUUAUCGUUGAGUCCAAUCUAUAAAGCAGCACAUCAGGAGUACGGAAGAGGAAUUUCAUUGCGGUUCCCUAGAUUUAUUAGGAUUAGAGAAGAUAAGGGUAUUGAAGAUGCAACAAGCUCUACAGAGAUUGCUGACUUCUACGAACGUCAAGCCAACUUAAAUUAA